UCUGCAAGUAGUACGGUCGCGUCUCUUGCCGUUUCUUGCGUUGGCGUGUUCGUCCCUUCGAUGAAAACGCUCCGAGAUCUACGCGCUCGGUAAGUACGCGGCGCGAUCGGAGCGAUGCGUAGUCCCGUACGUGUCGUGCUCGCUCGUGGUUUAUUCGCGUAGCUUUCGAGCAACGCGAGCAACGUGAUCGGUGGUUCGUCGACGUGAUGACGUCAGAUCUCGAAGCAUAGGCCGAGAACGCGUUUAAAGCCGAGUAGGGCGUGAAAGCGUGCGUUCUUUCGUCUCGGCUGGAAGUAUGUGCAAAUAGUAGCGCGUGCGUCCGUCUGAUCCGCGGGAUAAUUAUGUUUGGUGCUGCCUCAACGUGAUCGACAGUGAAUAGUGUACCAUGUUCCGCUGCAUUCCGAUUUUUAAGGGAUGUAACAGGCAGGUGGAAUACGUUGACAAGCGUCAUUGCUCUCUGCCGUGCGUCCCUGAUGAUAUCCUACGAUACUCACGGAGUUUGGAGGAGCUUCUGCUGGACGCGAAUCACAUUCGCGAUUUGCCGAAAAAUUUCUUCCGACUUCAGAGACUACGAAAGCUCGGCCUCAGCGACAAUGAGAUAAAUCGUCUGCCGCCGGACAUCCAGAACUUCGAGAAUCUCGUGGAAUUGGAUGUGUCCAGGAAUGAUAUACCGGACAUUCCUGAGAACAUCAAGAACUUACGGGCGCUACAGGUGGCGGACUUCAGUAGUAAUCCUAUUCCAAGGCUUCCAGCGGGAUUCGUACAGUUAAGAAAUCUAACUGUGCUUGGACUUAACGAUAUGUCCUUAACAAACUUGCCGCCUGAUUUUGGAAGCUUGGAAGCGUUGCAGUCACUGGAAUUAAGAGAGAAUUUGCUCAAAUCCUUGCCUGAAUCGCUCUCCCAACUUUUCAAACUCGUGCGGCUGGAUCUCGGUGAUAAUGAAAUUGAGGAAUUGCCUGCACAUAUAGGAAAAUUACCAGCGCUGGAAGAAUUGUGGCUCGAUCACAAUCAAUUGCAACACCUGCCGCCUGAGAUCGGCGAACUCAAGACACUGGCGUGCUUAGAUGUUUCGGAAAAUCGUCUGGAGGAUCUCCCCGAUGAGAUUGGCGGGCUCGAGUCGUUGACGGAUCUACAUUUGUCGCAGAAUGUCAUCGAGAAGUUACCUGACGGGCUCGGCGAACUCAAGAAAUUAACUAUCCUCAAAGUAGACCAAAAUAGACUUUCUACUCUAAAUCCGAAUAUAGGGAGGUGUGAAAAUUUGCAAGAGCUGAUUCUUACGGAGAAUUUUCUUUUAGAGCUACCAGUGUCUAUAGGCAAACUUCACAAUUUAAAUAAUUUGAAUGUUGAUAGAAAUAGCGUGCAAUCUUUACCGAUAGAAAUUGGAAAUCUAAAGAAUCUGGGCGUACUGUCUUUGAGAGACAAUAAAUUACAAUAUCUUCCGUCUGAAGUGGGGCAAUGCAGUGCACUUCACGUUUUAGACGUGUCUGGCAACAGGUUACAAUAUUUACCAUACUCCUUGAUCAACUUGAGUUUGAAAGCAGUAUGGUUAAGUGAGAACCAGGCACAACCGAUGUUAACGUUUCAAACGGACGUCGACGAAGAAACGGGGCAAGAUGUGCUGACAUGUUUCCUUUUACCACAGUUGGAAUUCCAUCCUGAUGAUUCAGGUAGGCUGGCAAUGCUGGUUGGUAUGAGAAACGUUCAUGGUGAGACGCGCGAGUUGAGCGACGACGAAGGUUGGCAAGAAAGAGAAGCAUCGAGGACGCAUUCGGUGAAAUUCACCGAUGAGCCGCCAGAAGCCGAUAAAGAGACUCCAUUCGUACGCCAGAACACGCCGCAUCCGAAAGAAUUGAAAGCCAAGGCGCACAAGUUGUUCAGCAAAGGAAGAAGUGAAAGCCGAUCGGCAUCCACGGAUGAACAAGAUGUUUCUCAAACAUUUGGAUUAGAUAAGACAGAAUCGGAAGUGCCAGUCAAUACUGCGGACGUGCCACAGUCUACUGAGCAAGAAGGAAUCGUGGAAUGUAAUGAUGUGCAACAAAAUGAGCAUAAAAUGCCCACACCUGGCACUGAAUCUGACAGCACGGGUGCUCAACUUAAUAAAGAGAUGGACAAUCCUCCCGCUCAGUAUGCUACAGAAUUUAAUGCAAAUGCAAGAACUGAAAAUUCUGUCCCAGAAUCAAAAGAGGGGAAUGAGGAAGAAGAAGAAGAGUCUGAGAAUGAAGAUGUGCAGAGACACGUUGAAUUCAAUAUUAUAGAAGAUCCAAAUUACGAGGAUUCUUGUGAUUCCAAUAAGCCCAAUAAACUACAGCGUAGAGACACUCCGCAUCAUCUAAAGAACAAACGCAUCCAAGCAGUUGACAAAGAGAAAGUUGCUGCCAUUAUCGCACAGGCACUGAAAAAGGUUAACGCCGAGUCUUCUGCACCUGCACCAACACAAGUAGAAUCUGCGGAAACAUUCGAUACGCAUAGUCAAGAUGCAACAUCUGACAUUGAACCGACGUUAGAAGUACGAGAGGAGCAAUAUGAAAUUCACAUAGAAAGAACGACAGGUGGUUUAGGCCUGUCAAUUGCUGGUGGUAAAGGUUCGACACCUUUCAAAGGUGAAGACGAGGGGAUUUUUAUUUCAAAAGUUACCGAAGGUGGGCCUGCGGAUUUGGCUGGUUUGAGGAUAGGGGAUAAAGUGAUAUCCGUAAAUGGAGUAUCGGUAGUAAAUGUAGAUCAUUACGAUGCCGUGGAAGUGUUGAAAGCGUGCGGACGCGUUCUUGUAUUAGUUAUCAUAAGGGAAGUCACAAGGAUAGUUCCGCCAUACGAGGAGACGCCGACAAGAAAAGAUUCCGUAUCUUCUAGUUUGAGUACAAGUAGAGCACCAAGUGCAACAUCAUACGUUUCGUCCACAGCAUUAUCACAUACUUUAGAAAACGGUGAUACGUCCACAUCUCAUGACACUCCGAAGAUGAGAAAGAUCCCCGAGCCCAUAGCAGCUAUAAAGGCGAAUAGUGAACCUAUGAUGCCUGUUCUUGUUCAUACGACAUUAAUACGUGAUCCAAAUGGGCUCGGUUUCAGUAUUUCCGGCGGAGAAGGUGCAUCUAAGAAUAACAGCGAUAUAAUAUCCAUCUCGAGAAUAACGGACGGCGGGGUUGCCCAAAAAGAUGGCAAGCUGUUGGUCGGAGACAAAGUGAUAUCCAUUAACGGAGUUGAGAUGAGAGGAGCGAAGCACGAGCAAGCGGUGGCUUUGCUCACCAGUACGGAAAGAUUCGUUCGAUUGGUGGUCGAACGGGAAGUACCACUUUCUCAAGCGAAUCCCGCGACCGCCGUGACUCCCUCGGAGAAGUCGCCGCGUGUCAUAGGUGCGCCCAAGCCUUACACAGGGCUGUACAAUGCCAACAGCUAUAUGGCGAACAGACCCGGGUACGGCGGCUACCGUCGCUCCAUAGACGCCGAUAAAGCUUUGUCGCCGAGUCCUACGUCAAAGACGCCACCGCCGCCGCCGCCGCCGCCGGCGACGUAUCCCGCGAGAUCCGAUCUCGUCGUCAAUGACGCGCCCAAGAUGAACGGCGUGACCGAGCCGGGUAGCGCGUUGAAGAACGUUUCGCCCGUGUCCCCUAGCCCGACUAUUAAUCAGGCAUAUCCGCAGCCCGCCCCGCGACAUAGCGUUUCGCAGACGACGUUCGCGCCCACGAACAAUGCCGGUUCUACGACUCCCGGCGUGGAGCCCAGCACGCAGAGACCGGCGUCUCCGCAGGAGGACAUACAGGUACCGAAGCCAAUCACCAACGAGGAAUUUCAGGCUAUGAUCCCCGCUCAUUUCCUCCGACCCCCGACAUCCUCGCCCUCACCAGACUCCCACCAGGGCCCCAUUGUGACAGUGACGAUCAAGCAGCCCGAUAAUUUGCCUGGAGACGUUAACUUUCCUCCAGCUCCCACCACACUCGGUAAAGUUACUGAAACCAUCACAAAGAGCACGCUCACCGAGACCGUCGUAACUCGAGUGACCGACAACCAGUUGGUGCAACCGCUCAUUAUCGAGGACGUUGUCCUUGUGAAAGAAGGCUCUUUGGGCUUCAGUAUCAUAGGAGGGACAGAUCAUUCGUGUACUCCAUUCGGUGCGAAGGAACCUGGAAUUUUUAUAUCUCAUGUUGUUCCUGGUGGCAUAGCAGCCAAGUCUGGUAAAUUAAGGAUGGGUGAUAGGAUACUGAAGGUGAAUGGUACCGAUGUGACGAAGGCCACUCAUCAAGAAGCGGUAAUGGAACUUCUAAGACCGGGAGAUCAAAUUGUGCUUACCAUUCAACAUGAUCCGCUUCCGGAGUGCUAUCAGCUGGUCGAAAUAGAGUACAUCCCUGUGACAGAAUUAGUAAUAAUAAAGGAAGCAGGCGAGAAACUUGGUAUGCACAUCAAAGGAGGACUCCGAGGACAAAAGGGUAAUCCUCUCGACCACACCGACGAGGGCGUUUUUAUAUCGAAAAUCAAUUCCGGCGGUGCAGCCAAGAGAGACGGGCGGUUGAAGGUUGGCAUGAGGCUACUGGAGGUCAAUGGCACAUCGUUACUGGGCGCAACUCAUCAAGAGGCCGUGAACAUUCUCCGGUGCUCGGGAAAUACGAUCACGCUGGUCGUGUGUAAGGGUUACGACAAGAGCGAAGUCGAGCCGAUAUUAUCGUUGUCCCAAGAGGUCCUCAGGGAUCCUAAGGAAGCUAAAGCACCGCACGAGUUAAGAGACCCAACUGCGGAUGGCACUAAAUCUCUGUCGCAAAGUGUGUCCAGCUUGGACCGAGACGACGAGGAGGCUGCGACGCUCAGGCAGGAGCAAGAGAUGAAGGCCGAACUUGUUGCUUGGGAGCAAGAAGAGCGAGAACGCGCGCUGGUUGAGCAGAGAGAAAAAUCCACACCCGAGAAAGUAUUAGAUGUCGUACGAGCAGCAGAGUCAUUAGUGAGCAAAUCGAACAGUCCCGUCGACAUGGUACCGCCAAAAUCACCGGGGGGUACGAAAGAUCUCAAAACUACCACUAUCGUUAUGAGUAAACACACAUUAGCACCUCAGAAUCCUAAUUCAAGAACGAAUGAGACCGCCGGAACGUCAAAGGGCUUUUCUUCGUCAAAGUCGUCCACGCUACCCACUCCUGCUAAGACAGCGAGUUUCGAACGCUCCACCUCUAUGCAAACCUUACCCUCCCCGACGAAGAAAAAGUCCUUGUCGAAACGCAGUAUUACGUUUGCCGACUUGCCGCCUUCCCUGAAAGAGAUCUCGAACUACAAUGCUUAUCCGUCCCAUAUCGAAUCCGCGUCGUCCACGAUUCGGCCGUUGCAGGACACACUUAUCACCAUUCCCUCUCCACGAGUCACGUCCUACGAAAAAUCUGCACGUUUCCGACUUCCCCCGACGCCUCUAACUGAUCCCGAAUGCAGCGGGAAUCUUGACUCUUCGGCUUCCUUUAGCAAACGACAGAUAGCACGCUCUGUUGAUGGCAAGUUUCAGGUUGAGCAAUCUCCAACAUCAUCUCCAACGCCACCACUGACAAAAAUGUCAGUCAGCGAUAAGAAGAAGUUGUUCGAAAGUGCUAUGGAAGAGCAUUUAAAACCAUCCCCUAAACCAGAUAAAAUAUUCAGCUUUUUAAGUCAAGAUGAAGUAGAGAAAAUGAAACAAGAAGAAGAAAAGAAGAUUGCGACUUUGACGCGAGACGAACUCAAGUCGUGGGCACAACUUGACGAAAACGAAGGUCUCGAAGAUUUGGACAUAAUGGGUGAUCAGGACAAUGGCCGACCUAAUAGCCGACUGAGCUCGCGAACUUCGAUCCCUCUUGUCCAGAAUGUUCCCAGCAGUGUGAGGACGGCGAAAGCGGAACGUCGUUUGAAAGAACGAUUGAUACAAGAGGGCCUUAUCUCAGACGACGAUGAGGAGCACCUUUUGAGCCCUGCGGAGCAGCGAGCACUUAGGGCGGAGAAACGUGCCGCUUGGCGACAAGCGCGUCUCAAAUCUCUCGAGCAGGAUGCGCUUCAGGCCCAGAUGGUGAUCAAGAAGAUGAGCGAAAUUAUGGACACCAAUAAGCACGAAGAUACGCGUGAUACGGCCGAUGCGACCGAUGCGACCGACGCGACGGCCGAUCCUGUUCAUGAGCAAGAGAAACCGGUCGAAUUCGCUACGUUACGGCCGUCUAGCGCGGAUUUUCCUAAGCUCGCUGUGCGCAGUAAAGUGGGUCCCCCUAAAGAGAUACGCGAAUCCGAGAAAGUAGUGGACGAGAAGGUCACUCGGCGUACCGAGGAAUAUCUAGACGAGGUGACGGGCGAACGUCGUGUACGAACCGUUGAAUACGUCGAGAAGCUCAUUGAGCGUCAGGUGGAGACCUUGAGGGAGAAGAUUAUAUCCUUGGAGCUGAGCAACGCGGAGGACGACGUGGAAAGUAUAACCGGCACCGGUGUGAGCGACGCCGAGAGCGAGAGCGAAGACACCGUGGGACACAACGCGGCCGUGAGCGGCGUAGAAGAGAAAACGGAUUCUCAGAUCGGUGCGGCCGACGCGGCCGAGACAGCUUCCGCCAAGACGAAUGCGAACAUCACGGUCGCGUCGACGAAGAAAAAGAAAAGGAAGCGAUCGAAGAAAGGUCGCCAUUGACGACAGAUGUGCAUCCUAACGAGUAGGUGUAAAGCGUUGAUGUUAAAUAUAUUCGGUAAGAAUCGGCGGAGCUCUUGCUACUUGAAUAUCUGGCGGUCGCAGGAAAUUAUCGUGUACCGUUCUACUUAGGUGCGUACGUACACAAACGCAUAUAUACACCCGCACGCGUAGAGACAAAAUCGUACGUUUAUAUAAACAUACAUACAUACACACAUAUACGUGUAUAUUUGAUGAGAAUCGAACGUAUUUCGAGUAUAUCGGUACGUAUUAUCGUGACACAAGCGACGUACUUGCGUUAUCUUUUUCCUUUUUUCUUUAUAUAUAUAUAUAUAUAUAAUAUAUACAAGUAGCCUCCUUGGUUCUAUGUAGAGACUCUACGCAGAGACGUACGCUAUUAUAUAUUUAACGAAAAAAAAAAAGUAAGAGAUAUUUGUAACAAGACUUUUUGUGACCCUUCGGAUACGUAUAACGUCUUUAGAACUGUGUGUAGCUACCAUUUGUAUCACAUUCUGUAUACACAUGUGUAUGUAUCGGGUGCAGUUCUACUGAGAAUCUGAUGUGUGUGUGCGUAAUGAAAAAUGAUAUACAUUUUACUAAUGGCUCAUUUUAAUGUUAAAUUCUGGAUGUUUAACAUCAUGCUGCUGCUACUGCAUUUUUCCCCGUGCGUCAUUGUCAAUUAUGUUUCUAGAUCGCGUCUUCGCUAAUUAUCUAAUAUAUAUGUCGGAAUUUCGCUAACAUGAAACCCAUGCGGAAAGAAGAAAAGAACGAAAACAACCAACAAAACUUCUUCGUUCUUUCGUAAAGAACAAAAGCAAACUUGAGAAAAAGACAAAUAUCGGAAGGUGGUAAACACGAAGUCGUUAAUAUUUGAAUGAGAAAUAACGGCAAGACGCAAUAGAUUCAAACUGCGGCGGAUCAUCGAGAGGGCCGCUCACUUUUGAUUCCAGUAUCUUAAUUUUUGAACAAGCAGUGGCAAAUAUACAGAGUAUAUAUGAAAACAUACGUAUACAUAUAUUUUGUAUUAUUAUGCCACAUACCAUUUUCACGUGGUAGUUAAAUAUCUACAUACGAUGGAGAUAUUAAUGAAGAAAAAUAAGAGAUGUUAAGGUUAAUGUAGCGACGAGGAAUCGUUGAAUACGAUUGCAUUUUUUACAUGUAUGGUGAAGAUCAUGCACUUCCGUUUUUUCGCGUCUAAUUGAGAAUAUAUUUAUAAUAAUUUUGUUAAGAAAAAAAAAGGAAAAAAAAGAAUACAAUUUUAAGAUGUGAUAAGGUUAUGCAGUUACAACGUUAUAUACAUAAGGCUCUUACGACUACGUUUUUAUAAUGUGUGCAUUAUAACAUUUUAUAACGUCCAUUCUCUUAUACUGCACUUAUUUAUAUCCAUUACGACAGAAAGAAGUAUUUUAAAAUUGUUGUUUCUAUAUAAUUACUUUGACAAUAUCUUGUAAAUUAUAUUAUAAAUAAUUAGUUAGAGAAAAAAAGAGAGAGAGAGCGGUGACAAUUUAAAUUGUAGAUCUUAAGUUGGUCGAUGGCCCAUAUUAUAAUUUAUAGAUUGUUUUAUUUAUUUGACCCAUUAAAUAUGUAUGAUUUACGCGAAGAUAUAUUCUGAUUUAUGCAUUAGGUUUCAAUUGGGGAAAUGCAAAUCUAUAUAAUUCAAGAAUAAAAGAAAAUAUUAAGCUUUGAUUUAUUUUUAAUGUAUUAUUAACAUCGAGGGAAGCUACUAUAAAGUCGAGUAAAUAUAAACUUUCGUAAUUAUAGUUCGGUGAUUUCGAUGUUUAACCAGAAGGUAUUACAUCUGUUAAUGUAGUAUAUUUAAUAUGCGUUUGAGCGUAUAUACAUAUAUAUAUAUAUAUUUAGCAAAAUAUAUAUACAUGAAACUCUGGAGAAUUUAAGACAUCACACAGACUUUAAACAUAAUCCGUCAUCCAUAAUAUAUAUCUAUAUAAUAGAAUAUUAAUAUUGAUAUUGUCUCGUAGGGAUUUAAGAGUAUUAUUUUAUACCA